GGAUCACCUAGAAGGAGUUCCCCAAAAAGAGGCUCAUUUAAGAAGUUGUCGCCCAGAAGGGAUGGGCGAAAUUCGUUCCGAGGGGGACGAGAAGAUCGCUGGCAAGGGCGACCCCGGCUACCAAAUGGUCAAAGAUAUAACAAUUUCACUCCCAUCAACGCUCAGGUGAGCGAAGUUUUGGCCGCCAUCAAGGAGAAGCUUGAGAGCAAGAAGGUAACGUGGACGGCGACGAGGUUCGAAGGACUAACCAAACCCAGAUCGAAUAAAUACUGCAGAUUUCAUAGAGAGUAUGGACAUAACACGAACGAUUGUAGACACUUGAAGGACGAGAUCGAGCGUCUUAUACGGGCGGGACACUUGAAAGAGUUCGUCAUCCGUGAUCGACCGCGGGGUAAAGAAAGGAGAAGGUGUAGGGAAGAUUCAGUGGCAAGGAGUGAUAGAGAUGAUGAUAGAGAAGACGACGCUAGAAGAGAGAGGAGGGGACGACAGGAUGAUGGUCGAGAAGACCCGAGAGGGGAAGCGCCUGCGAAGAGGGGCACAAUUUAUAUGAUCUUAGGAGGGCCCACGGAUGGAGAUUCAAACAAUGCACGAAAGGGGCAUGUGCGAGAUGUGAAGCGCAAAAGGGAAGAGGUCAGGAUAACUGGUCGAAUGCCGGUGAUUAGCUUUCGGGCAGAAGAUGCGGAGGGGGUCUUGCUACCCCACAAUGACGCACUGGUCAUCACUGCAGAGGUAGCUGGUUUUGACGUGAAGAGGGUGUUCAUCGACACGGGAAGCUCGGUCGAUGUGAUGUUUUAUGACUGCUUCGCGCAGAUCAACAAACAUUUGAAUUUGGAGCUGAAACCGGUAGCGACAACCUUAUAUGGUUUUAACGGAGGGAAAGUGAUGCCAAUGAGCGAGGUGAGUUUGACUGUAGCAUUGGGGUUGGGCAAUACAAGGAAAGUAAGGAUGAUACGGUUUGUAGUGGUUGGUGCGGAGUCGUCUUAUAAUAUCAUUUUGGGACGGACAGGGUUGAACGCGUUCCAGGAGGUCGUGUCUACAUACCACAUGACGAUCAAAUAUCCUAUGGGGGAAAAU